AUGCACCAACACACUGCCACUUUGACGAGCUGCCCUCUUGCAGGAGCUGUGCUGGACUGGCGAUUUCAUCAAGCCGAGACUGUGGUGUUCCAGCUUCGUGGUAGAUCAAUCUGGAGAACAAAGAUGGGCCAAGUAGAGCAUCCGCGUCGAUGCUUUCACCCACAGUCUUGGCUCUGGGACGAUAUGAUUCACAUUGCCAAAGUUCACCGGAUGGCCACGGUGGACAGGACCUCGUUGGGGUUUCUUGCGACACCAGAUGAAGAUCUGAACGUCUUCAAAGAACAUGGAGAAGAAGUGGCUGCUAAUCAACAAGAUUAUGUACUGAAACCUGGUUCGGUUGCUUAUCUUCCUGCAGGUGCGUGGUUUAACGUUGAGACAAAGGGACCGGGCGCGUUGUGGAUCGAGAUUCAACUGUCAUCCAUGACUUACGAAGAAUUGGCGCUGACAGCGCUUAAACAUAUUGCCCUGGGCGAUAAGCGCUGGCGGACGGGUGUGCAGUUGUAUCCUGGCAACCGAGGCCAGCUCAAGACAACUCGGCACUAUAUGGGAGAAUGCGUCGUGUCUCUUUGCGGUGAUAUGUCGAAGCUUGAGGGUGGAGAUUUAUUGCCCGAGUAUCUUGGGACGGAGGACAUGCACGAGCUUAUUGCUCGUGGUUUGAUUCACGACACGAGCAUAUCUCGUGCGACAAGGAGUAUUGAAGUGGAUUUGACGAAUCCAAAGUUCAAGCUGAAACACGAGAAAGUGUUCAAAAAUGCCACUUACAGGGUCAACCCGGUCGCGGUACUCAUGAGCGAAGCGGAAAUUCCAUGUUUCACCGUUGGCGACGGAACUGGAGCAUGUCACUGCCAACGAUUCUGCUUCCGAAAGGAAGUAUCACGCCCUGAGGAGGACUCCAAAACCAAGGUCAAAACGAAAAGAGGCACUCGACGCGCUCACGCACCGUGA